GUUCCCCGAACGUUUAGAUAUUGCCCCUUAUCUUGCGCCUAAUCGUAAAGAUUACAAGGUGUCGCAAACUCCAAAUGGCCCUCAUGCCCCUUACAUGGACUGGCCGAAUCCUAUGCAGGGACCUGAAACAGUGGAAUCGGUGAUGUAUCGAUUAUAUGCUGUUGUCGUCCACGUGGGCGAUAUGACAUUCGGACACUAUGUCGCUUAUGUCUUGGUUGAUCCUGAGAUGGUAUUUGGCAAAGACCAGCCCAAGGAAGAAGGCGAUUCGUCAGAGGCAUCUGUAAACGGCGCGACCUCGCAAGAUGCUCCUGCCGAGCGAUCAGAUACCUCAAUUAACGAGGAACAGAAGAGCACGAAGGCGGACAAUGCCCCGAAGAAGGACAGGAGAGUGUGGGCUUUCUGUUCUGAUGAGUAUAUAAGGGAAGUCGAUGUGGAGGAAGUGCUGAGAGCGAAAGCCUAUCUGUGCUUCUAUGAAAAGGAGCAUUGAUCACUUAACUUGUGUAAUAUAUCGCCAACGACUUAACAGAAAGCAUGUAGCGUGUGCAGCGUAGCUAGAUUACCAUUUUUAUCAUAAUGUCGUAUGAUUGUGCCACUCUUUUACCUUGCUUCAUCAUGUCCCUUUACACACAAAUCUAUGCAGAAAAAUGCUGUCUCAAAUUCUCAUCUAAUACACUUAGUUCCGGUUCCUCUCUAACCAAUCAAGAAAUCCAUUACUGAAUUUCACACAGCUUUCAAAGCUUUUGUCAAAUCCAUCUCGCCCACCAUAGUACGGGUCUUCGAUCGCAGGAGCGCGUGUUUUGGGAAGCCCAAUGGCAGACUGUGGCAAAGAGGGAUCAUACGAGCCAAAGAGUGUUAUGUGGGACUUUGACGAAGCAGGCUGUCUGUGUAAGAGGGUUUCCAAGCUAAUAGCAAGGAUAUAAUCGUACUCUUGGAAAUCACGUUUGUCCACAGCCCUUGCCACGCCACUUAUUGGGACAUUGUGCUACACGUCUACAUAAGUAUCCUUUGUAUAUAACGCUUGCACUUGCAGGCGAGGUGUGACCCCCUCACCUUUCGACAAACUGCUACCGUCCUUGAGGAAGGACACACCGAAAAAUGAGCUCGAGCAAACACAUACACACAAAAAUAAUCAACGGUGGAAAAAGGUAUUAUUACUUACCUGGAAUCUGGAGACUCUCCUUCAUGGUAAGCACCGGUUCCUGCAGAAUCUACACGAAUAUCAAACUUGGAGGAAAAACUUUCAGGCCGGAGGGUCACUUGAUGUUUGAGGACAGCUUCUGCCAUGGGCGAUCGGCUUAAUUAUUACCCUUUGGAAGAUUUAUUUAUUAUUAUUAUUAUUAUUAUUAUUAUUAUUCUAGGUUAGACAUGGCCUGGCGAACAGAAACAACAUGAAAUGCGCAUGAGAAACCAGAAAUCACUCACCCGAGACACACCAUGAGGACCUUUAUCUUUUCAGGCUUAUCAGCGGGCAUUAUGAAGUUCGUAUUGUACGGGAUGAGUGGGAUAUUCGAUGAGAUAUAGGUGAGGAGGAAGGUAAGUGACUCCUGCGCCGAGGAUAGAGGGCGGACGCUUUUCUAUACGACGAAGCAAACGAGCAACAAUAAUAACAGACGGGCGAGAUUAUCUGGUGACAUCAUCACGCGGAUCGUGAACUGUUGAGAACUGAACGAGUUUUCAAGAUUGCGCACAAGUAGCCAAAACCCACAGCAGCUCAGUAGUAACCGCAGCGGUAAAAUGAUCAGAUGUGUACAUGCAUACCAU